UGGUGAUUUCGAUUCUGUUACUAACAAACAACUGCACACACACACACACACACAAACAGUGCUUUACCUGUAUGACCACUUUCUUGUCAUGAGUAAAAAAAGUAUAUACUUUUUUUUGUUUUUUAAGUUUUGCGAUUUUAUUGUUCUUUUGUAAUUAAACGAGUCCCUCAGUAACAGCAGUUCAUUUCAUUCGGUGCUCUACUCACAAAGAAUAAAGACGCUGUUAUAAAGUUCUUAUUAUGGAUCAAUAUUCAGUGCUGAAAGUCAUUGGUGAGGGAUCUUUCGGUCGUGCUCUGUUGGUUCAACAAAUAAACGAGGAGGGAAAAUAUGUCAUGAAGGAAAUUCGACUGCCAAAGGCCGAAACUGGAAUGAGGAACAGCAGAAGAGAAGCUCUACUCCUCUCCAGAAUGAAGCAUCAAAACAUUGUGACAUUUAGAGACUCAUUUGAAGCUGAUGGUCAUCUGUAUAUUGUCAUGGAGUUCUGUAGUGGUGGAGAUCUUCUGCAAAGGAUACGGCAGCAAAAAAAUAAUCUGUUCACCGAGGAUGUGAUCCUGAAGUGGUUUGCACAGAUGUGUCUAGGAACCAAACACAUUCAUGACAAGAGAGUACUUCACAGGGAUUUAAAAUCCAAGAAUAUUUUCUUGACAGAUAAUGGGACCGUGAAGGUGGGAGAUUUCGGUUCAGCUUGUUCUCUUAACAGUGCAAAAGCAUAUGCACAGACGUAUGUGGGUACACCAUACUAUGUGUCUCCAGAGAUAUGGGAAAACAACCCUUAUAAUAAUAAAAGUGACGUCUGGUCUCUUGGUUGUGUCUUGUAUGAACUUUGUACCCUCCAACACCCGUUUCAGGCUCGUAGCUGGAAGAGUCUGAUCUUGAAGGUGUGUCGAGGGGCAUACGCACCUCUACCUGGUCACUUACCUUAUGAGCUGCACUACCUUAUCAAACACAUGUUCAAGACUAAUCCCAGAGACAGACCCUCUGUACACACCAUCCUCAGCUCUCACCGCGUGUCCAGACUGCUGCAUAAACACCUGACGCCAGAGAGCAAAGAGUUGUUGCAGAAACAAACACGCUAUUGGAGGAAGGAGGACGGUGAGAAAGUGGCCAUGUUUUUAGGACAGAAGAGUCUAUUGACCUCAUCUACCACUAAAGGACAGUCCCUCACAGAGAGCAACAGCACUGACCCAACUUCUCGUAAGAGGUGGGCUGUUGGAUCUUGUAAUACAGUGUUGGGAGUCCUUGGAAAUGCUGAUAUAAUGUCCUCUGGUAGUGUAGCUACUGUGGAGGGUGUUCACCCCGUCUCAGAGGAUGACUGUAUGGAGAUCCAAGAAAGACGAGUGAGGAAACGUUGGGACAAAGAUCCACCACAGAGACUGUUGAGUCUUCUAGAGAAAGCUCAGCUAUGCUCUGCCUUUGAGACGUACACUAUACACAGACACGCAGGUUCUAAUCAUCUAGGAGGUCCUUUAAACACAGAGCAGGUGGAUGACAUAGACGGUCCAGAGGAGCCCAUCACAGACUACAGCAGACUGGAGCCACGCUCAGAUGAUGAAGACACGGAUUUUGAAGAGGACUCUCCAUAUGACUGGAUGAACGAAUUACAAAGAAUGGUGGAAGAACAUUAGCAACUUCAGUUUUCAUAUUUAUUGAGAUGAUUUUGCAUUAUACCUCAUAUGAAUCAUAAUUAUGUUUUCUUGAAUGCUUAACAUGUCCAAAUAAAUCUUUGUAAAACACUAAACUUCUAAA